AUGUUCUGCUUGCGCCUGGACCCCAGAGUUGGAGUCAACGAUGGUAGACUCCGAGCUGGUGAUGGAGGAGGUGAUGGAGGUGGAGGUGGAGGUGGAGGUGGAGGUGGAGGGGGUGGGGGUGGGGGUGGGGGUGGAGGUGAGGGAGGUGGUGGAGAGGAUGGCUGUGAAGGAGUAGGUGAAGGGGGAGUUGGAGGAGGUGGCGGAGGGCUAGGAACGACUGGUGGCUUUGGUGGUGGCUUAGACACUGGGGGAGGGGUUGUAGGGCGACAGAGGGGUGGUGGUGGCGACGGAGUGGGACAGGGUUUUGGAGAAGGUGCAGGUACUGGAGCAGGGCCUGGUGCUGGCACCGGUGCAGGGCUGGGAGCAGGCACGGGGGCAGGGCUGGGAGCAGGCACGGGGGCAGGGCUGGGCGCAGGCACGGGGGCAGGGCUGGGCGCAGGCACGGGGGCAGGGCUGGGCGCAGGCACGGGGGCAGGGCUGGGCGCAGGCACGGGGGCAGGGCUGGGCGCAGGCACGGGGGCAGGGCUGGGAGCAGGCACGGGGGCAGGGCUGGGAGCAGGCACGGGGGCAGGGCUGGGGGCAGGCACGGGGGCAGGGCUGGGGGCAGGCACGGGGGCAGGGCUGGGAGCAGGCACGGGGGCAGGGCUGGGAGCAGGCACGGGGGCAGGGCUGGGAGCAGGCACGGGUGCUUGA